UGAUAACCGAAACAAAAUCAGAAAUUCAGAAAAUGUGCAGUUGCUGCGCGCAUUUUGAUCCGAAAUCCAUUCAAAAAAUCCCUGAUUUUAAUUCCCAGAAAAUCAGUGAAAACUAAACCAAUGGCGAUGCAAAAAUCCGGCUCCGAGUGGGAGAAAAUAGCCCAGGAAAUUGAAGAUGACAAACGGGACGAAAUAGAGACACUGGAAGAUUUGGAGGAAAAAAUGCGUAAAACACCGCGGGGAAUGUUUACCAGUGGUUGGGACGACCCGGAUGAUCUGAUCGAGGAGGAUCAAAAUCCUGAAGCUUCGUUGGAACGACUAGCACUGUGGGCAGCCGGAGAAGAUAAGCUUGAGGUUCUCGAACAGGUGCUCGCCAAAAAACCGUCGGUGGUCAGUGCCGUUGACAACGAUGGGUACACUCCGCUGCACAAGGCCUGCUACAACAACAACGUGGAAAUGGCCAAACUGCUGCUGCGGAACGGAGCCGACCCAAAUGCCCAAACCGAACUGGGCUGGACGCCGUUGCAUUCGGCCUGCAAGUGGAACAAUGCCGAAUGUGUCGCUCUGAUGUUGCAGCACGGGGCGGACGUUAAUGCGACCUCUCAUGGAAGUCAAACUCCGUUGCACAUUGCUGCCAGUGUGUCCAAUGCUCGCAGCACUCUGGUGACGCUGCUGAUGGACGAUCGGAUCCAACCGGAUUUGGUGAACAACUCUGGAGAGAAGGCAGCCGACAUUGCCAAGAAAAGUGGCCUUGCGUUUCCGCUGUUCGCUAUGGCUCAGUCAGCUUUGACCGUGGAAACUGGUAUGCUGGAUUAGGCUACGAUGUUUUUGGCAACGUGAUUUUAGGGCGUUAAUGGGUAAGUAAUCAUAGCAAUACAAAUAUUUAUUUCAUUGUAGAAAACGAUUUUGUAAUGUGUGGUGAAUAUCACUUAUUCAGUCUAAAGCUUAUUCAUUUCCUAAAACAAAAUAUUGAUAUUUCUAGCGUUUGCUAGCUUAGCCGUUUUAAU